AUGCUUUUCCGAAAGAACUCCAACAAAGCCACCCGGUCACCCAAGGCGGCUUCCGGUGCCAAAGGUAUUCAUUACGACUGUCUUCUCGGAAUAUCUUACUUUGACCUGAACAAAGAAAGCAAACGCUCCAAAGCAAUGUCCAAAUCAUCCUCCAAGAGUUCGAACUCCACCACUCCUCUGUCCGAUGUGGCGAACACGGCUGAAUUAACAACUCCCGAACCGGCACGCAGCUUUGUCCUAAUCGCAGUCGUCGGUCUUCCCGCGAUUGAUUUAUCCGAUUGGUUCAUCGUCGAUUCAGCCCCGAACUAA